AUGGAGGAGAUGGACUUGUUAAUUCAGUGGCUUGGAAACACCUCAUCAGCGACUCAGGCAAAGAGCAUCAGAAACGCUAAUGCAGCAAAUUCAGACCGUGGGUUGCAGCGAAUAUGGGAUCGUCUUCAUGAUCGCUUUGCCAAUCCGGAGGUUGUAGAUUCUGCAAUCAAGAGAAAACUUGCGAAGUUCCCUAAGUUAGGAAACAAGGACAACUUAAAGUUAUAUGAGCUCUUUGAUAUUGUGUCAGAGAUUGAUUCCUUAAAGGAAAACCCUACCUACUCAACAUUGCUCGCCUAUUUUGAUUCGUCAUCAGGUGUGAAUCUCAUUGUGGCCAAGUUGCCACACUACAUCCAGGAGAAAUGGGUGACCGAAGCGACAAAUUACAAACUGCGAACUGGAUGUCCAUAUCCGACAUUUCCUGUGUUCGUCGCAUUCUUGGAGAAGAUCACGAGGAUGAAGAUUGACCCUAGUCUACAGUUUGACACCUCAAACGACACUAACAAAGGUGAACAGCUGAGGGUGUACCCAGGAAAGCUACCAAGCCGUAAGAGCAACUCUACAGUGUCUACGUUUAAAACACAAGUACAGAGUUCUGGAACUUUGCUUAAAGACAGUGCUUCUAUUUUGGAUGGGUGUCCUAUUCAUGAAAACUCUAAACACACAUUGAAUGAAUGUCAUUCAUUUCGCACCCGACCAUUAGAUGAGCGGAAAACAUUCAUAAAGGAAAAUGGCUACUGCUUUCGUUGCUGCGGGCCAAAGAAACAUAUGAGGUCAAAGUGUCAUGAGACUGUCCUAUGUUCCAUUUGUAAGGGCUCUGAUCACUCAUCAGCCUUGCACAAAGUCUCUGGCAUUUCCUUAGUGGUCAAGAAAACCCAUGAGGGGGAGAAGCUCCCAGUUGUUAGUUCUAGCUGCACUCAGAUCUGUGGGAAGCCAUUCAACACCAGCAAGUCUUGUGCGAAGAUUGUGAAGGUCAUCGUGUACCCACAGCAGAAACUCGACCUUGCUAGAUAUAUCUACUGCAUCAUUGAUGAUCAAAGCAGCAACACUCUCGCCACCUCCAAAUUCUUUGAUUGUUUCAAUGAAUACGGUCCAGACCACCUGUAUACACUGAAAUCAUGUUCCGGUGAAUCUAUAAACAGUGGACGUAAAGCCUGUGGAUAUAUGAUAGAGUCCUGUGAUCGAUCGCAAAUGUUUAGAUUACCAGAUAUCAUAGAGUGCGACGAAAUUCCGCAGAAUCGGAAUGAGAUACCAUCUCCAGAGGUUGCAGCUAGCUACCCUCACCUCAGUGAUAUUAUGGACUACAUACCUACCAUUGAUGAUGACAUUUCUAUUGCACUACUGAUUGGUCUUGACCUUAUUGACACUCAUAUAGUGCUUGACCAACGUGUUGGCACCCCACUAGCUCAGAGACUACCCCUCGGAUGGGUCCUAAUUGGUAACUCAUGUCUCGGAACAGUUCACAAACAGACAGUCGUCACUGUCAACAAGACCUCCAUUCUAGCAAAUGGUAGGCCAACCUAUUUGGAGCCCUGUGACAGUUCCUUUCAUGUGAAAGAUGACCCUGUGUUUAAGCAAACAGCAUACGACGAAUGUGAAGGGCUGUCUUUGGAAGACCAGGCUUUCUUGGAUAUCAUGGACUCAGGAUUCCAAAUGUCUGAGAGUGGUAAGUGGACAGCUCCUUUACCAUUUCGGACCUGUAGACCCAUUCUACACAACAACCGAGAAGCUGCAAUGAAACGAGCUAUUUCAUUCAAGAGCACUCUUACGCACAACCCGACCAAGGCAACACAUGUGUGUGAGUUUAUGCAGAAGAUACUAGAUAGACAACAUGCUGAACCUGUUCUCGAAACAAUCAGAAUCACAGAGAAAUGGUACUUGCCGUUAUUUAGUGUCUAUCAUCCCAAAAAGCCCAACAGUGUGAGGGUGGUCUUCGAUUCUUCUGCUAAGUAUCAUGGCUAUUCCCUGAAUGACGUUCUACUGAAAGGCCCUCCCCUCUACAACAGUCUUCUAGGAAUCCUGCUUCGAUUUCGGAAGGAAGCAGUUGCUGUCACUACUGACGUUGAGCAAAUGUUCCAUAACUUCCUUGUUACAACAGAACACAGAGAUUUUCUUAGAUUCCUCUGGCACGAGGACAAUGACAUUUCUAAACCUUUAAUAGACUAUCAUAUGAAUGUUCACGUUUUUGGGAACAGCCCAUCCCCAGCUGUAGCCACCUACGGGCUACGCAAGGCAGUCGAGAAAGCAGAAACAGAUGUUCAGGACUUUAUUUACAGGAAUUUCUAUGUUGAUGAUGGUUUGAUUUCCUGCCGCACAUCCGAAGAAGCUGUUGAUCUGCUUGUUCGGACACAACGCACCUCGCAUGAUAAUGGGAAACUUAGGUUGCACAAGUUUUCAUCCAAUAACAGGGAGGUGUUGGACUCAUUCCCACAAAGUGAGCUAGCCAAGGAUCUCUGCAACCUUGAUCUUUGUAACGACACAUUACCAAUGCAAAGAAGUUUAGGACUCUCUUGGGACAUUGAAACUGAUCGAUUCACGUUCUGUACAUGUAAAGACAAGAAGCCAUUCACCAGACGUGGAAUAUUGUCUGUGAUAAAUGGACUUUACGACCCAUUGGGCUUCGCAGUACCAGUCGUUCUGAAAGGCAAACUUCUGAUGAAAGAAAUACUGUCCAGUACAAACUCCCUAGAUUGGGAUGACCCAGUUCCUGAGUUGUUUAAAAAACCCUGGGAUGUGUGGGUACAAUCCCUAUUUGAACUAGAACAAGUGUGUAUUCCUAGGCAGUACUCAGAUCACUCAUAUACAGAUUCCAAUGUUCGUCUCGUGCAUGUUUUCUGUGAUGCAUCCAAAGAUGCAAUCGGUGCUGUUGCAUAUCUGCAACUCUUCAAACCUGCUGGCCCAGAGCCCACUCUCAGUUUUCUACUUGGAAAGGGAAAACUUGCACCUAAUGGUGGCAGCACCAUUCCUCGGAUGGAACUGUGUGCUGCAGUUCUUGGAGUCGAAGUUGCAGCCAUAAUAAAGGAACAACUAGGUAUUCCAUCAGAAUGUUUUCGAUUCUACACAGACAGCCAGAUUGUCUUGGGUUAUCUGACAAACACUACACGCAGAUUUUAUGUUUAUGUGUCAAACAGAGUGAAACGCAUUCAUUCAGCUUCAUCCCCAAGACAAUGGAUACAUGUUGCCACAGAGCAGAAUCCAGCUGAUCUAGCAACAAGAUCAGUAAGUGCUACUCAACUUUCAAACAGUAUAUGGUUGACUGGACCUCCAUGUGAGAUAUUGACUAAAACAUUGCCAGAACCACUCUCAUGUUUUCCGUUAGUUGAACCACAAAAUGAUUGUAAGAUUAGACCUGAAGUUACAUGCAUCAAAGUUCAGAUGGAUGACGUGAAACCUGUUAAUCACAAGAUCGGGUAA